AGGAAUUUUGACAACUUUGACAUUUGUCCCUUCAAUCUUUGCACCUCAUAUCAUUGUUUAUUUAUUAUAAAGGAUACAAGCUAAAUAAUUGAAGAAAACACAAAUAUUUAUUAAUUACAAACAUGAGUAAAUCUGAAGUGAAUGAGGAUAGCCCUAUUCAACGUUUGCCUAUAAAUUCCGAACAAUACACAUUCAACAAUUGGAUUAUAAAAUUCAAAAAAUCUCAUAUAUUGAAUUCAAUGUGUACAACUCCUAAUAUUUGCAGUGAUACCACUAAAGAUUGUUGUAUAUUAUGCACGUACAACAAAACAUUGAAACUCCCUCAUCUACCUGAAAUGGUGUUUCCUAAUAAUAUUCUCACAUUGAUACACCCUGCUGGAGGAAAAAUAGAAUUCAAUACUCUAGAUGCACUUAAACUAGUAUCUAAUGGAAGGCUGCCUAUUCAAGUUGCAUGUGCAGAAGCAUGGAAAGAAAGUAGGUCACCAGAUCAUUUGGAAGAAAAAAUCAGACCAUUUGAUUGGACAUUUUCCACAGACUACAAAGGAACACUAUCGGAAGAUAUAUCAAUUGAAUCAACUGAGGAAAGAAUUGAUCUAGAAAAACUUAAAGUCAAAGAAAAAAUCCUGUUUUAUCAAGAAUUAAUGUUAUUUGAGGAUGAACUACAUGAUAAUGGUAUUUCCUCAUGUACCAUCAAAAUAAGAGUGAUGCCAAGUUGUUUCUUUAUACUUUUACGAUUUUUCCUAAGAGUGGAUAAUGUUAUGAUACGAGUUAACGAUACUAGAUAUUAUCAUGAAUUCAAAACGAACUACAUUAUCAGGGAAUAUAGUAGUAAGGAAUGUGCAUUCAACCUUGUUAAAUUACCUCUUACAUGCUUUGGUGAUCCCAAUCUACUAUCACCCCAUAUGCCAUUAAGAACAGCAGUAUAUGAAAAACUUACUUUUCACAAUAGGAAAAGUGAAGCGUGUGCAAGUGGUAAAUCGAUAAAUGGAAUUCAAGAAUAGCUAUUUAAAGUUUAUUUAAAAAUAAAUACAAUAAAUUCUUCA